UCACUCCCUGAGGAGCCUGAGGGUCGGCUGGGUGCUGGGCUCCAGGCUAUCCCUGUGAUGGUAGCUCAGCGAGAUCUGGGGACCUGGCGCUGAGCGCGUUGCCAACCAGGAUCUUCCUCUUCAUCUAGGCCCGGGCGCUGGCGUGAGAACCUGGUCUGGGUCCUGGACGAGCGCCCCCCGAAACUUCUCGGAACCUUGAAUAAGUAAAAUGCAGGAAGUUUGCUAAAGAUAUCACCAAAGGUUACAGAGAAAACCAUCUAGAGGAAAUGCUGGCAGUAUGGCAUGUGUUCAUUCAAAAAUCUCUACAGCAAAUUCUCUCGUUUUAGGGGCUAUCCAGAUUAUGAUUGGCAUCUUUCAUGUUUUCAUGUGGUACUUCCUAUUGGUUUUGUAUAAGGGGCAAAUUAAAGGAGCCUUUGGAAUAUAUGAACCUAUAACUUACAAAACAGGAUGUACUUUGUGGGGAAUUUUUUUUAUCUUUGCAGGAGUCUUCAUAAUAGCAGUAACAAAGUAUCCAACUCGAUCUGCAAUUAUAUGUACUUUAAUCAUAAACAUCUUCUGCAUAAUAACUACAAUUACUGCAGUAACUCUAACAAUAAUAGAGUUGUCUCAUUUCAAUUCUCUGUCAUACAGGAAUUAUGGACAAGCAAAACUUGGGAGGGAAGUAUCACGUAUUUUACUGUUCUUCUACCCUUUGGAAUUUUCUGUUGCACUUACAUACUCAGUAUGUAGCUGUUCCAAUUUGUUUCGAAGACAAAGUGAUCUUACAUCUGUUGCUGAGGAAGCUGAGAACACAUUUUAACAACCCUAGAAAUGUGAGAAUUUUGCUGUUGCUGAUGCCUGACGUGGGUCCCAAUGAUAUCCCUGUAUAACAAAGCAGUUACGAAGCCUACAGACUUUGUGCAAAAUAAAAUACAAGCGAGGUGAAUUUUUCUCCUCA